AUGCAACGCCAAAAAUGUUCUGCGAGUCAAAACAAAACGCAAAGAAAGAAAAAUCGCAAAACACACACAACGCGCUCUUUUCGAAAAACAGACCAGGAGGUCCACACUCUGCUGCAAACACAGGGAAGAGCAGAAAUCUUCGGAACAGCAGAGGAGCUUGAAAAACGUAACCUGUUUUUUUUCCAUGCCACUGAGCAUGCAGCAGCUCCUCUUGAGCAUUCGUUGGAGGCGUCACUCGCACCCGGUUCUGAAAGUGAAGAUGAUUCAACGGCAGUUAUCACAAAAAAUGGAACACCUCUUGCGGCCACUUUUAUACAAAUCGAGCUGGGUGAACCACUGGUAUGGCCAAAAUUGUUCUGCCAGCGGCACUAUUAUGAUGACAGCAUGCUUUAUAGCCCCAGUGACACGCCCAAUUUUCAGCUGCCACUGCUAGACAUGCAGCUAAAGCGACAGCAAAUUCGUAUCCUAAACCGCUUUCAGGAGGAAGCCAAAAGAGAUGCCAGCAAGCUUAGUGCUAGCCUGAUGGCACUGCUCACGGAGCUGCCCACCUUUGUAUUGGAUGAUGCGAUCUAUCGCAGCGAAUGUGACCGGGAGUUUCUAAGCGUUUUCAUUGAUCCUUCGCCGGCAGGACAAGUUACAAGUCUUCCCACGCGCCGCUGUCUAAAGUUGUUCUUUAAGCAGUUACGUUUUACAACACAUCCGCAGAUGCUUGACGAACACCGUUUGGCUCAACAACUGGAGGAUCUUUAUGACUUAUACACGCAGCACCUGAAAAACCACGUUUGUGAGAAGGUUCAACAGGAACUGCAAAUAGCUCGUAACGUGGUGGCCCAGCUGCUUAGACCUGAUCCAGGGGACGAUCAGAUUGAGGCCCACAUUACACGGCAACUUCGACUCACUCAGCAGCUUCGCAAACGGUACUACGCGGAGUCUACUCUUAGGCGCUCAAUGCUUCAACAAUUAUUGACCGAUUGGGCCAGGCUGAAGGAAUUGCGCAAGAAACAACAGUUCCAGUGCACGCGCUUCCAACUGUCUUUGAGUGUGCUGCAACCAUUAGAUCUUGACGAGGCUUGCGCUGCUUGGAAGCAGCAGUUUGAGGCAGACCUGGCCGAGGUGUAUCGCGAACAUCUGCAAGAGUACUAUUGCAAGCGGCGCCUGUGGAGUGAGGAGGAAAAGACAUCCUUGAAGCCACCUCGAAAGCCACAAUUCAACAAAAUCAUGAUAAAACUGCGGGCGGAAUACGAGCGCGCCUUUAAGGAUCCGGAGGAGCCUCAAGUGAAUGUCGUUCAGGUGCAUAGUGAUGACUCUGCAAUUUACGCUGCGAACACGCCUGGCUCCGAAGCGCUGCACAAGGGACGCAGCUUCUUUAUGAAACUCUAUUUUGACAAUCAGUUUGUGGCACAGACACGCAGUUAUCGGCUAGAGCCGGAUCUCCAUUUGUACAUGAAUGAAGGUAUUGGUGUGCUGCUGGAGCGGGCUCUGCCGGCGCAGCUACAUGUCUGGCUUUACGAAAAGUCCUCGCUCUCCACGCACAGCCAACGAAUUGCGGAGAUAAUUGCACCACUGGACUUUGGUAAUAGCAGCGAAAGCGCCAACCGGACAGAUCACGUAAAAUUCACUUUUCAGUCGUCACCGACGUCAAUAUUUGCGGGUGAUUUAUUCCUACGCUUUGAUUGCCGCCUAUGCGAGGAUCGCACACUAGAACUGGACUACAUUCAGAGGCUGCCGGAGGUUUUGCGCCGCAAACUACUUUCUAUAAAGCUGCCGACCCCUUCCUUUCAAGCUGAAAGUAAUAUUACGUACCGGCCCCCAUGUGGUAAACAAAAAAGACCAAACAAUGAGAGGUCCCAGCAUAUGUUUGCCGAACAGGAACUGCAAUUUUGUAGCAUCGACAGCCUGCUUAACAACAAACGAUUCCAGUUGCUCCACUCGCGCCAUACGCAACGCAACCUUCACACCAAACAACUCCGCCUGGUGCCAUCCCUAGAGCACGAAAUUGCGGAGGAUUUGUUCUUGAUACCCAGUGUUAGUCGCGUACUGGAGCCAGGCUUCUGCUGGAACCCAAUUGACCUGCAUAAGCAUCGUGGGCGGAAGUACAUACAGCUGCUAUACGAGAGCAUACGCAGUCAGAGCGUCCAACGUGCCAAGAUACUGCAGACGCCGCAACCGUUGCUGCUGCUCAACGGCGAGCAACCUCCUGGCUGGGCGUCGUUGUGGCGUGCCUUCGGGGGGUGGUUUAUGAAGCAACAAGUGUCACGUGAACGUUCCCUUGACUGGCGCCCCCAAGUGGAUCAAGUGCAGCAUUUUCAGGUGGUGCUUCAUGUGGUCCGAGCAACCGGCGUGCCCGUUCGCAGUCGUCACAUACUUAACGUGGAGAGCAGGCGGCGCAGCAGCAGCGACCCCGGUGGCGGUGGCGAUAUGAGCGCCAGUCUCUUUGUAACCCAAACGCUAAUGUACUCCAAUGUGCGUCCAUUCAUCACAUUGAGCUAUGGUCAGCGCCUGUGUCGAAGCAGCAGCGCCGAGGGCUCGAACCCCACCUGGAAUGAGCAGCUUCAAUUGCAAUUAAGUGGACAAAUAUGCGAGUUACGUGAUGACCUCAAGAUUACGCUCUUCGACGAAAUGAUCGAGCAACAGCAGCCAUAUGGUGAUGAGGCAGAUAUCUAUCAGCGGGUGCAGUGCAACUGGCUAGGUGAAUACCGGAUACCAAUGAGUAGUCUGCUUGCUAUCAAAAAGUUUGAGGGCUGCAUAGAACUAUGCAUGCCCAAGGUGCUCGUAGGCUACAAGCGUCCGCUGAUUGACUCCAUCACCAAUAUGGCAGCCGAACAUUAUCCCGAGUUGAAGGAGUCUGUUCAUUUGUGGUUCUACUUGAGCAUCGAGCCCUGUAAUUACGAGCUGCCGCCCGUGCAGACCUCAGCCCUGGCAUGUGCCGAGUUGCCCGAGUUACAAAGCUAUUUGCUUGAGCGACAGCGUUGGCUGGAACUCCAGCAGAUGAAGCCAGAACGCUAUGUAGACCCGCUGGUGUGCACGGCUCAUGGCAAGCGGGUGUGCCUCACCAGACUAUUGGAGCCGGUGCCCUUACCCAUUACCACUAGCACUAAUGUACUGGAUAGCGUCUGUCGCUUUGUGUCGCUGAUUUCUCAACUACGUAGCUACGAUGCAUGCCAGAGCUUCCAAGGUGUAUGGCUAGACAAUCAAGUGUUGUUGGAUAGUACCUGGGGCUCUCCCAAGGAUCUUGGCGUACUACUGUAUAACUUCAUGCUCACAUUAGACCUUCCAUGCUGGCUAGUCCUGGGUCUUGCUUGUCCCGUUGGGGAAUGCGCGUUUGUGCUUCACAGGCAGUUGGACAGUGGUGAGCUGUUGCUUCUGGCGCCCGGAACGGGUAAGCGCUAUAGUGUCAAAGAUGUUUACUGCCCGCUGACUCGUGUAUAUUGUGUAGUUGGUCAGCAAAAUAUAUUUUACAAUAUUCAGGAGGAAACACGCAUUAGCAUGACAAAUUUUGAUUUUAACGAUGCAGCUUGUUGGUUACCAUUAUUUGGCAAACGAAAAGCAACACCCCAAGGUGGAGUACAAAAAUUGGAUUAUGUCUUUAAGAGAAGCUACGAACUGAGAGAGCUACAAAAGCAAAUAGAGCGGAAAGUUAUGAAGAAAAUAAGUGCCUGGCGGGCCACACGUAAAACCAUCUGGAAUCGGGUCUUUCAGCCCAGGUUGCUAAGCAUAUUGCGUGAAAUGGAAAAAUUGGCUACCCAUACCAGCCCACACUAUGAUGAGCCUUCGUAUAGUGAAGAAUUGGAGCGCGAGUAUCCAAACUAUAGACUAUACGGUUUCACACUCAACUUCGCCUACACAAAUCUCGCAGCAAUAUCGGAACGAAUACGUUCAACUUGCAUUCAUUACAACAACAAUGCGAACAUUGAGUUUUGUGUGGCCGUCCAUAUUAAUGCAUACGCCAACGAUAUACUUUCUGUGUGGGUGUUUCUAUUAUCAGUAGUGCCUCUGAUAGUAUAA